AUGAAGAACGAUAGUAUUAGUUCAGAUUCAGAUUCUGACUCCGAUUCAGGACCUCAGAACUUACCUAAGACUCUUACAGACAAAGGAGAUAUUGUUACUAAAUAUGCCGACAAGAUUAAAACUGAUUUCAUCAAAAAAGGACCUAAAAUCACUAAAGAUAGAGCCAAUAGAGCUACAGUAGAACAGGUUUUAGACCCUAGAACUAUGAGAUUUUUAGCCAAAUUAAUAAAUAAAGGGAUUAUUUCGAGAAUUAAUGGAUGUAUAAGUACAGGUAAAGAAGCCAAUGUUUAUCAUGGAGACCACGAAGACGAAGAAGGUAAUAUUACCAAAGAAUAUGCAGUAAAGAUUUAUAAGACCUCUAUUUUGGUUUUUAAAGAUAGAGAAAGAUACGUUGAUGGAGAAUUCAGAUUCAGAAAUACAAAGGGUCAAUCCAAUCCUAGAAAAAUGGUUAAAGUAUGGGCUGAAAAAGAAUUCAGAAAUUUAAAGAGAUUAUAUACUAAUGGUAUACCAUGUCCUGAACCUAUCGAUAUACGAAGUCAUGUGUUAGUUAUGGAAUAUCUCACCAAAGGAGAAGGUCAACCAUCACCCAAAUUGAAAGACCACGACUUUAAAGGUGAAGAAGAAAUAGUUCAUUAUUAUCAUCAAAUGUUAUUCUAUAUGAGAAGGAUGUAUAAAGAAUGUAGAUUGGUUCAUGCCGAUUUGAGUGAAUAUAAUUCCAUCGUCCAUCAAGAUAAAUUGUAUAUUAUAGAUGUUUCACAAUCAGUUGAACAUGAACAUCCCAUGUCAUUAGAUUUCUUGAGAAUGGAUAUCAAGAAUGUUAAUGAUUUCUUCAACAGAAAGAAGAUAAAUGUUUAUCCUGAGAGACUUAUAUUCAAAUACAUUACCGAGGAAAAUGAACAUUUAGGUAUAGAAAACAACUCAGACGAGGAAUUGGGUAAAUAUUUAGAUAAAUUACCUUUAAAAACAGAUGAUGACGAUGAAUUAGAAGAUGAAAUUUUCAGAUCAGUUCAUUUAGUCAGAUCUUUGCAUAAUAUUGAAGAUAGAGAUUUCAAUAAGUUCUCUGAAGGAAAGAUAGAUACCUUAACUGACCUUUUGGGAAAACAAGAAUUGGAAGAACAACAGGACGAAGAGGAAGAAGAAGAAAGUGAAGAAAGUGAUGAGGAUUCAGACGAAAGUGAUUCAGAAUAUGAAUCUGAUGAUGAUAGGAAACCUAAAGGGAAAAGAUUCGAAGAUAAAGAUGAUAAGAAGCAAAGGAAAGAAGCAGCCAAAUUAGCUAAACAAGAAAAGAGGAAAACUAAGAUGAAAAAACAUAUUAAGAAGAAAAUCAUCAACAAACGAAAAGCUAAAUAG